AAGAAACCAAGAAGCCCUGUGUGUCACAACGCCUCUGACUGUUUCCUGCCUCGGUGUCUUCAUCCCUCCCCGUCUUUUCCUGUUGCUCCGGGCCGCCUCUCGUCUCUUCCUUCUCUGCUGGAGGGUGAGGCAUGUCGUCGCACAGAAUCAGCACCUGGGAAAGAGCAGACAUCGCAAAAAGAGACAUCUGUUCGCUCUGUAAUUCAGUAAACCCUCGCUGGUCCAGGCUUGAAUCGUCUCUCUGUACACAGGUCCGAUUCCAGCUGAGCAGGAGGGUGGUGAGCCGGCCAUGGGGGGAGGUCGCAGCGAGACCUCGGCUCUGAGCGGGGCAGGAGAGGCCCGGGGAUUGACCACUACCCAGAAUUCCCAGCGGCCCAACGCCUGCUGUUUCUGCUGGUGCUGCUGCUGCAGCUGUUCAUGGAAUGAAGAGGAGAGACGGAAGAGAAGGAGGAAGAGAAUAUCACAGGACACCAAGAUAGAAACCAAACUUGAAACUUGUCCCAAGCCCUCGGUGGAGGAGAUCCGGAUGUGGUCUCAGUCGUUCGACAAGCUGAUGAGGAACCCCGCAGGUCGGAACGUUUUCCGGGAGUUUCUGCGGACCGAGUACAGCGAGGAGAACAUGUUGUUCUGGCUGGCCUGCGAAGACCUGAAACAAGAAAUCAACAAGAGUGCCAUAGAAGAAAAAGCUCGGUCCAUCUAUGAAGACUAUAUUUCUAUAUUAUCGCCAAAAGAGGUCAGUCUGGAUGCCCGGGUUCGAGAGGUGAUCAACAGGAAGAUGCAGGACCCCACGUCUCACACGUUUGAAGACGCCCAGCUGCAGAUCUACACGCUGAUGCACAGGGACUCCUACCCACGAUUCCUCUCCUCCAAUAUCUACAAGACCCUGGUCCUGGGCGGGUCCCGCACCUCCUCAGAGUCCUAGUCCUCCCUCCCGAAGCCCCUCGUCCGCCUCCAUGCUGCCUCGCGUUCUUCGGACAGGAGCGUUUCACCUCCUCUGUCACACACUCCUCUGUUCAAAUCACGUAUUCUUUGAAUCACUGCCAAGACGUCCUUCCCUUGUCUUUUCCACCAUCAGCUUCAGGUCAUUUUCAGGCUUUGAAAAUUGAACUUAAUUUGAAUAAAACAAAUGUUCUGCACAUCCAAGUGAAGGAAAGUAGAAUCGGUUAACAUUUAUUGCCAGAAAUAUUCAAGUUCAAUGAUCCUCACUCAUGUUUACAGGUCAAGCCCAUCCGUGAAGGCAGAUUUAGUUUCUUCCCAUUUCUGUUUUUCUUUUUUUUUUAUUUCUGCUCCACCUCAGCUGUAAACAACCGGAGAAGGACGUGUUCAGAGAUAUUUAAGUAUUUAUGAGUUAGGAUCUACUGUUAUGUGGAGAUGUACUUGACUACUUUGUGAGAGUCGGAUGCAUUUCAAGAGGAAAACCGUCGGUCUGUGCCAUGAACGUUUGGUGGAUUCGUCCUUCCUCACAUACUCCAGCCGCCGUAACCAGCCAAUCAAAGGACGACGUCCCAGACUUUCAACCUGCAGUCACAUCUUCCUGACAAAGGACAGAAAGCUGAAAGGAAAAGACGGAUGCUGAAUCAUUCGUCCGUUCUUUGUCGUUUUUCCUCCGUUCAACUGGAAGAACCGGGUGCUCACUCCGCCUCCCUCUAAAACAAAAACCCACAAAGUUUUCUGGAUCAAUCGUUUCCCACCUGUCAUAAACAAACGGAUGAAGGAAGGACGACGUUCCUUCCAACUACUGAUUUACAAAAAGACGACGAGUCUAUUUUUUAAGAGAAAACUAUAUGAAACAAUUUUAUUAAAUAUAUAUAUAUUUUUUUCUUUUUAUUUCUCCUACUGAAUCCCUCACCUGAAUAUUAUUUUUUGCAAGUGGAGGAGAGUUCCUCUGAGACUGUACUGAUCUCCACCCAACACACACACACACAUCACUGCAAUAAAACACUGGAGUCCAGACAACAGUCACACACUGAUCAUAUUUGAGUCACUCUGCGUACAGGGAUUGUUCAGAAAUAAUAAGUUAAUUCACUAAAUAAAUCCCAGUGAAGAAGAAAACCCUGAGGAGUUAAAGAAGAGACAAAAAUGUCUCCUCUGGGCGUUUCCUGUUUCCCUCUCAGGGACAGUCGGUCUCUUAACUCAGGUUUUCCUGCUGGAGUUGUGAGUUUGUUACCGUUAAAAUAGAAGCAAAGGCAGCAGAUGACAGCUUGACUCAUAUUUCUCACAAGACCAAAACCAACUUCCUGAACGGUUUUCAGGAACAGCAGAGUUUGAAGCUGGCAGCAAAACGCUCUGGUUUUCUAACGUUUGAUCAUAUAUAGUUAUGAUUACUUUUGAAAUAACCUUUUCUUGUGUUCUGUUUUUUUUUUUUUAUGAAUCCUAAUUUUGCACAUUAACUAACAUGAGCUUUUCAGCCCAUCUAGUAAACAUAAAAAAUCAGACAUGGAGCAGAGGUGUCCAAAGUGCAGCCUGAGGCCAUAUGUGGCCCCCAAAUAUCUUUAAAAAUGACAUAAGUUUGGCUGCUACUUGUGCAGGUGGUUGAUGCAAACUGAGACUUUUUGUUUUGAAUUUGGGCAAAAUUAUUAGAAACAUGUUAAAAUCUUAUGAUGGAAAAUGUUUGAAAUCUUUACAUUCAUCUUUUUACAUGCUUUUUGCAUUCUAUUUGACUUUAUAGGAAAGUCAAAGUGACUUGGUUAUGUAGACUUUGGUUCCCCAAAAUCUGCUUUUCGCUGAUUAAACUUCUCUAAAUAUGGCAAAAUUUGAUCCAAGACUAAAAUCCUUUCAUUGAACCAGUGAAGCUCAAAAAUGUACAAAUUGGAAGUUUUGUAUUUUUUGUGAUUAUUGUAUGCUGAGGUUAUUGAGCAGAAAAAAAGGGUCAUAAAAUAAUUCAGAAAUUCUAUAUUUUUUGACUCGAGUGAUUCUGACUUUAUUUUGGUCAAUGUGACAAAACAUUUGGCCGCACCCGACAUACAGGCUAAAUCUAUCUGCAGCCUGAUAUCAUGCCGGGUAUAUAGUAUAUAUGAUAUGUUUAUUCACUGUUGCAGUGGCAACUCAAACACAGAGAACAAAUAGUCUUAUGAAAACAACCUGAAGUCUGAUUUCUUUGCAAACUGGUUCAAAAUUCAAUAUGGUGGCCUCAAGGAGUAACCUCUUCCUGUCUGAAUUUAGUUGCAUUUAUAUUAAAGAAAAUUUUGUUUAGUUCUUUUCUGUCAAGCAGAUUCUAGGUUCAGUAGAUUGUAGUUAUUAUGAGAGCAAUUUAUCAAAAAUUAGACACAGCUGAGAAUAACUCCAACUGUUCGAUGGCAGGUUCUUCCAGUACAAACCUUGGUGUGUGUAGAAGAAGCAUCAACUGGGAUUACUGGGACACACACCAGUUUGGCUAAUUAGCUGCAGAAAUCCACAUCUUUUCUGUGUCUUUUCUAGAAAAGUGGCCAGUUUAUUGUGCAACCUUUGGUGGAUAACAUUACUGCAGCCUAAAGAACUCAGAUGUGAUCAAUAACCCUCUGCAGAUCUAAUUAGCCAAUAACAAACAAGGAUGGUUCAAUGCUUUGCACUUUAAAAAUACCCCCAAAAUCAAAACACAUUCAGAACAGUCCCAGUAAGCAUAGUAAUUCAAAUAUUUACACACCUCCACACACACACACACACACACCAGGGUGGCCUACCUGGGCACUGCUGCUGCUGACCUCUGUAACCUCUCACCUUUGACCACGCCACUGUCUGAUGCCCAUUUGCACGCCUGCUCCUGAUUGGCUGCAGGAGGCCGCAGGGCUGAUCUGUGGUUGGUCAGUUCAGAAAGAGGGGUGGGAGAAAAAAUCCCAAGUGCAAAAAAAAAAAAAAAAACAUGAAAAAGAGCUGAUAAAAAACAUACAGAGAUGGUAUGCAUGACCCCGGUGCUUCUUGGGAAAUGUAGUGUGAGGAGAACAAAUGUUUGUAGGUGCCUGUAGCGGCAGACAGACCAUUUAAAUAUUGAAAAAAAAAGAGCUAUCUGAGUCUUUUACCAGGUUGGUCACUCAAAAUGCAUUUACCUUAGUAUUGUUAAUGUUAUUUAUUUUAUAUUUUGUUAAAACUGUGAUUUUAAUUGUACAUAUAUAAACGGAAACCCUUGAGCA